GCCACCCCGGCGCCCCGCCCCGGGCGGGGAGGGUCGCGGUGAGGGCAGGGCCUGCCAGGUGAGGCGCGGUCACCCGGGGCCGCUCACUUCCGCCCAGGUGAGGCAGGCCCGAGGCCGCGCCGCCGCCAGCCCAGGUUUCUUUAAAAGGGAUUGAAGACAAUAAUUCAAAAUGCCUGAAAAUCCUGCUCCAGAUAAACUGCAGGUCCUACAAGUUCUUGAUCGCCUAAAAAUGAAACUGCAGGAGAAGGGGGACACAUCACAGAAUGAGAAGCUCUCUCUGUUUUAUGAGACACUACAGAGCCCUCUCUUCAAUCAAAUACUCACACUUCAGCAGUCCAUCAAGCAACUGAAAGGGCAACUCAGCCACAUACCCUCAGAUUGUUCGACCAACUUUGAUUUUUCUAGGAAAGGUUUAUUAGUGUUUACAGACAGUGCCAUUACUAAUGGGAAUGCUCAAAGACCUUCUAAUAAUUUGACUGUCUCUGGGUUAUUUCCUUGGACUCCUAAGUCAGGAAAUGAAGACUUUAACUCAGUCAUCCAACAGAUGGCACAGGGCCGGCAAAUUGAAUAUAUUGAUAUAGAACGGCCUUCAACUGGAGGCCUUGGAUUUAGUGUGGUGGCCCUUAGAAGUCAAAAUCUGGGAGAAGUUGAUAUCUUUGUGAAGGAGGUGCAACCAGGGAGUAUAGCAGACAGGGAUCAAAGAUUAAGGGAAAAUGAUCAAAUAUUGGCUAUUAAUCACACUCCACUGGAUCAGAACAUUUCCCAUCAGCAAGCAAUUGCAUUAUUACAACAAACCACUGGAUCUUUGCACCUGGUUGUGGCCAGGGAACCGGUCCACACAAAAAGCAGAACUUCUAUCAACCUAACUGAUACAACUUUGCCUGAAACAGUUCAUUGGGGCCAUAUUGAAGAUGUUGAGCUCAUUAAUGAUGGCUCUGGAUUAGGUUUUGGAAUAGUUGGAGGAAAAUCAAGUGGCGUGGUUGUGAGGACAAUAGUUCCUGGAGGGUUAGCAGAUCGGGAUGGAAGACUCCAGACAGGGGACCACAUCUUGAAGAUUGGUGACACAGAUGUGCAGGGAAUGACCAGCGAGCAAGUUGCACAAGUGCUAAGGAACUGUGGAAAUUCAGUCAGGAUGCUUGUUGCAAGAGACCCAGUUGGUGAAACUUCUGUAACCCCUCCUACCCCUGCAGCCUUACCUGUUGCCCUGCCUGCUGUAGCUAACAGGAGCCCUAGUACUGACAGUUCUCUUUAUGAAACUUAUGGUGUUGAGCUCAUUAAAAAAGAUGGACAGAGUCUUGGGAUUAGAAUUGUUGGCUAUAUUGGAACUGCUCAUACAGGGGAGGCUUCAGGGAUUUAUGUGAAAAGUAUAAUACCCGGCAGUGCUGCAUACCACAACGGCCAAAUUCAAGUGAAUGACAAAAUAGUUGCUGUUGAUGGUGUGAAUAUUCAGGGUUUUACCAACCAGGAUGUUGUUGAAGUAUUACGAAAUGCAGGGCAAGUGGUACACCUAACUCUAGUUCGAAGGAAGAUGUGUUCAUCUACUUCUCCCCUUGAACGGUCUUCAGACAGAGGAACUGUUGUAGAACCAUCGGGAACACCAGCUCGCUAUGUAACUGGAGCAGUGGAAACGGAAACUAAUUUGGAUGGUGGGGAUGAGGAAACUGAAGAAAGAAUGGAUAAUCUAAAAAAUGACAACAUACAAGCCUUAGAAAAAUUAGAAAGAGUCCCAGACUCUCCAGAAAAUGAGCUGAAAUCUAGAUGGGAAAACCUAUUGGGCCCAGAUUAUGAAGUAAUGGUUGCUACUUUGGAUACACAGAUUGCAGAUGAUGCUGAGUUACAGAAAUAUUCAAAGCUGCUGCCCAUUCACACUCUGAGGCUUGGCAUGGAAGUGGAUUCCUUUGAUGGGCACCAUUAUAUCUCUUCAAUUGCUCCAGGUGGUCCUGUUGAUGCACUGAACCUCCUGCAGCCAGAGGAUGAACUUCUUGAGGUUAAUGGUGUCCAACUGUAUGGGAAAUCUCGCCGAGAGGCAGUCUCUUUUCUCAAAGAGGUUCCACCUCCCUUUACCUUGGUUUGCUGUCGACGAUUAUUUGAUGAUGAAGCUUCUGUGGAUGAACCGAGGACCACCGAAACCCUUCUUCCUGAGAUGGAGGCUGACCACAAUGUAGACAUCAAUACCGAAGAAGAGGAGGAGGAGGAGUUAGCACUAUGGUCUCCUGAAGUCAAGAUUGUUGAACUAGUAAAAGAUCAUAAAGGCUUGGGGUUCAGCAUCUUGGAUUACCAGGACCCUUUAGAUCCCACAAGGUCAGUGAUUGUGAUCCGCUCCCUGGUGGCAAAUGGUGUUGCAGAAAAAGGGGGAGAGCUGUUACCUGGAGACCGUCUGGUCUCAGUUAAUGAAUAUUGUUUGGAAAACACCACACUUGCUGAAGCUGUUGAAGUGUUGAAAGCUGUGCCACCAGGCAUUGUACACCUUGGCGUCUGUAAGCCUUUGGUGGAUAAUGAUAAAGAGGAGGAAAGUCAUUAUAUUUUACAUUCAAACAAUAAUGAAGACGAGACUGAACUUUCAGAAACAAUUCAUGAUAUAAAUUCAUCUUUAAUACUUGAAGCACCCAAGGGAUUUAGAGAUGAACCCUAUUAUAAAGAGGAACUUGUAGAUGAGCCAUUCCUGGAUCUGGGAAAGGCUUUCCAGUCCCAACAAAAAGAGAUAGACAACAGCAAGGAGGCCUGGGAGAUGCAAGAAUUUCUACCUCCUAGAUUGCAGGAGAUGGGGGAAGAGAGAGAGAUGCUUGUUGAUGAAGAAUGUGACCUAUAUCAAGAUCACUUUCAGUCGAUGGACUUGUAUCCCUCGUCACACCUUCAAGAGGCUGCUCCUGUUUCCUCUGUAAAGGAACUUCACUUUGGCACACAGUGGUUACAUGACAGUGAACCACCUGAGCUUCAAGAAGCAAGAUCCAUGAUGAAUAUGUAUUCCCAGGAGACACAGCAAUAUGGCUAUAGCACUGAAAACAUGAUAAAAGAAAAUUUUGGCAUCGAUUCCCUACCCUCCAUAUCCUCAUCUGAAGGAAACAGUCAACAAGGCAGAUUUGAUGAUCUGGAAAAUCUUAAUUCAUUAACAAAAAGCAGUCUGGAUUUAGGCAUGAUGAUUCCAAAUGAUGUCCAAGGUCCUGGUAUGCUUGUUGAACUCCCUGCUGUGGCUCAAAGAAGGGAGCAAGAAGAUUUACCCUUAUACCAGCUCCCCAGGACCCGAGUUGUUUCCAAGGCCUCAGCAUACACAGGAGCAUCAUCUUCUAGAUAUACUGCUGGUGCAUGUGAGUUACCUGAAAGAGAAGAGGGUGAAGGAGAAGAAACUCCAAACUUCAGCCACUGGGGUCCACCAAGAAUUGUUGAGAUUUUUAGAGAACCCAACGUAUCUCUUGGUAUUAGUAUUGUUGGUGGACAAACUGUUAUAAAACGCCUGAAGAAUGGAGAGGAACUUAAAGGUAUAUUUAUCAAACAAGUUUUGGAAGACAGUCCAGCAGGAAAAACAAAUGCUCUUAAAACUGGAGAUAAAAUACUUGAGGUGUCUGGAGUAGAUUUGCAGAAUGCCUCACACAGAGAAGCAGUUGAGGCCAUUAAGAAUGCAGGAAAUCCUGUGGUGUUCGUUGUUCAGAGCUUGUCAUCCACUCCAAGAGUCAUUCCUAGUGUGCAUAACAAGGCCAACAAAAUCGCUAAUAACCAGGAUCAAAAUACUGAAGAAAAAAAAGAAAAGAGACAAGGAACUCCUCCACCUCCAAUGAAACUGCCGCCUCCUUACAAAGCUCCGUCUGAUGACAGUGAUGAAAAUGAAGAAGAAUAUGCAUUUACUAACAAAAAAAUCAGGCAAAGAUAUGCAGACCUUCCUGGAGAAUUGCACAUUAUUGAGCUUGAAAAGGAUAAGAAUGGACUUGGACUCAGCCUUGCUGGUAAUAAAGACAGAUCACGCAUGAGCAUAUUUGUGGUGGGAAUUAACCCAGAGGGACCUGCUGCCACGGAUGGACGAAUGCGUAUUGGAGAUGAACUGUUGGAGAUAAACAAUCAGAUCCUGUAUGGAAGAAGUCACCAAAAUGCAUCUGCCGUUAUUAAGACUGCCCCAUCAAAGGUUAAGCUGGUUUUUAUCAGAAAUGAAGAUGCAGUCAAUCAGAUGGCUGUUGCUCCCUUUCCAGUACCAUCAAGUUCCCCGUCUUCUCUUGAGGAUCAGAGUGGUACCGAGCCUGUUAGCAGUGAGGAAGAUGGGAGUCUUGAAGUUGGUAUUAAACAAUUGCCUGAAAAUGAAAGCUCCAAACUGGAGGACAUCUCCCAGGUGGCUGGUCAAGGCAUGGUGGCAGGUCAGCAGAAGGCACUGGAUUGCCCAACUGACAAUACUCCAGAGACAGCCUGGUGCUUCACCGCCUCUACCAGAAUCUUCCAGCUGGGGAUGGGUUCCCUGGCUAACUACAGAUCCAGAAGGCAGGCUGUCAGCCAGAUGAAACCACAAAAAUAUUCAACAAAAGUCUCCUUCAGUUCACAAGAGAUACCAUUAGCACCAGCUCCAUCAUACCAUUCAACAGAUGUGGAUUUCACAAGCUAUGGUGGUUUCCAGGCUCCUCUGUCAGUGGACCCUGCCACGUGUCCCAUUGUUCCUGGCCAGGAAAUGAUUAUAGAAAUAUCCAAAGGACGUUCAGGUCUUGGUCUCAGCAUUGUGGGAGGAAGGGACACACCUUUGGAUGCUAUAGUUAUACAUGAAGUCUACGAAGAAGGAGCAGCAGCCAGAGAUGGAAGACUUUGGGCUGGCGACCAGAUAUUAGAGGUUAAUGGGAUUGACCUGAGGAGCGCCAGCCACGAAGAAGCCAUCACAGCCCUGAGGCAGACCCCCCAGAAGGUGCGACUGGUGGUAUAUAGAGAUGAGGCACACUACAGGGAUGAGGAGAACUUGGAGAUUUUCCCAGUGGAUCUGCAGAAAAAGGCUGGCCGAGGGCUGGGUCUGAGCAUCGUUGGGAAACGAAAUGGAAGUGGAGUGUUUAUUUCUGACAUCGUGAAAGGAGGAGCUGCAGACCUUGAUAGGAGAUUGAUUCAGGGAGAUCAGAUCUUAUCUGUGAAUGGGGAAGACAUGAGAAAUGCUUCACAGGAGACAGUGGCCACUGUCCUCAAGUGUGCACAGGGGCUGGUUCAACUAGAGAUUGGAAGACUCCGAGCUGGUUCCUGGACCUCCUCGAGGAAGACCUCACAGAACAGUCAGGGGAGCCAGCACAGCACCCACAGCAGCUUCCAUCCCUCCCUGGCUCCUGUCAUCACCAGCCUGCAAAACCUGGUCGGCACAAAAAGAGCUACAGAUCCUUCCCUAAAAAGUUCAGGCAUGGAUAUGGGACCAAGGACUGUUGAGAUAAUCAGGGAGCUCAGUGAUGCCCUUGGAAUCAGUAUUGCCGGAGGAAAAGGAAGUCCCUUAGGAGACAUCCCAAUAUUUAUUGCCAUGAUUCAGGCCAGUGGUGUGGCUGCACGUACCCAGAAGCUUAAGGUUGGAGAUCGGAUUGUCAGCAUUAAUGGGCAACCUUUGGAUGGGCUGUCUCACGCGGAUGUGGUUAAUCUGCUGAAGAACGCCUACGGGCGCAUUAUCCUGCAGGUUGUAGCAGAUACCAAUAUAAGCGCCAUAGCAACUCAGCUUGAAAACAUGUCUACAGGCUACCACCUUGGUUCUCCCACUGCUGAACACCAUCCAGAAGACACAGAAACACCUCCACCUAAGAUUAUUACUUUGGAGAAAGGCUCUGAAGGAUUGGGGUUUAGUAUUGUAGGGGGUUAUGGAAGUCCCCAUGGAGACCUGCCAAUUUAUGUCAAGACUAUAUUUGCAAAGGGAGCCGCUGCAGAUGACGGCCGGUUGAAGCGAGGUGAUCAGAUUUUAGCUGUUAAUGGUGAGACGCUGGAAGGUGUGACACAUGAGCAAGCUGUGGCCAUUCUAAAAUGCCAAAAAGGGACUGUAAUCUUAACUGUGCUGUCGUGAGCCUCCAGUCCUGAUCACAAGAUAGAUGUUGUAGAAUAUCCAUAGGAAUAUGAAGCUCUGAGAAAGGAUGAAAAGCAGCCUCCACUAGAAUCCACCUUCAUUUACCACCUCACCCUCUUUGCUCAAGAGAGGCGGCUAGAUUCCACGUGAAUUGCCCAAAUCAGCCAUCACUUCUUGGUGGGGUUAAUUUCUAAAAUAGAACGAGUCUUACCUGAUUUGCAUCUAAUAUCCACAUUUAUCCACUAAUACUAACUGGCUCUGAUUAUAUUUGCUGAAACCGAAGUUAACCACCCCUCAUUCCUAUGCCCUUCUCUACCCAUCCCUCCUCACUCAGAGACUUAACAGCAAGCUCACAUGUCAUCUGAUGAACAGAAACAAAUGUUAAGCAACUUGUCAGCUCACUCAUGAUUUACUUAUGCUAAUUGUCUCUUCACGUAUGCCAGAAAACAUUAGUAGUGUAAUUAACUUACCAUUGAUCCCGCUGAUGAAAUACCCAAUUCUCCUAUGGGAAAUUAUUGUGCUCUUUUCUGCACGACUUCGAGUCAAAUAAGUCUCAAAUUUGUUUCUCUGGAUAGAUCUUUAUAAGCUAGUCAUUGGUAAUAAUGAUGAGUCAAUUAGCAGACUGUAAUCUGAAAAUUCUGGAAAGCUUUCUAAUUGUUUUCUUAGCUACAUAAAUGUAUAGUACUCAGCAAAUGCACCUUAUUCUCAACAGGAUUAGUUCACGUCCAUGUUCUGAAUUGUAACCAUGCUAAAUUAUGUUCAAGACCAGGAAGGUCAUCUGGAGUUAAUGGCAUCUCAGUAGGCAGGUGUUAUUCCCACCCUUUAGUCUUCAGACAAGGAGGAGAAAGCCCCAGAACCAGUCUGCAGAGAUCACUAAGUUUUGCCUCCAGUCAGACGAAGUCUGAGUGGCCUUGGACUUGUGCAAAGUGCAAUGGCAAAUUUGAGUAUCCUUCUCCUUGGCUCCAUACUGGUCAGUCUAGCAGCACAAGCUGUAGGUAUAGUAGGGAUGGGGCAACAUGCUUGGCCACAAAGUGACUGUGGAAAUGAACUCAGCCUAAGAAUCAGUGAGGGCUAUGUGGCUAAUGGCUCUUGAUCUUCAGGAAGUCCCCCAUUUGCUGAAGUUGUACAGGCUAAGAAAACAACCACAGCAGGAAAUACAAAAAUACCUUUGAAGUUGAAUAGGGGCGUUCUUAUGUAGGUAUUAUGUAGGGACAGAGAUGCUUAUCAGUGAAUAUGUAGGUUCUUCUGUAAAAAAUGUACCAUGAAAGAGGAGUACCAGCAUCUGUAAUAGAAGUAGUUUAGCAUCUUUGAACUAAAACACAAUGCUGCAAAUGGUUCACAGUAAUUAUCAAAAUGGAAUGAGCUCUAACUUAAAAUGGUAUUUAAUAAUUACAGAUUUUAAUUGAGAAUUAUCUUUUGAGUAGAUGUAACCACAAAGUGCAUUAACUCUUGUUGGAAUAUUUUGUGGCUAUUCCAAAGUAUAGAGUGCCUAAAUUUUAUGUUGAAAAUGUCUUUCGUGACUGCUACUAAGUUUUCUGAAGUUACAUAUGGCUUUUGGGAUUUCUGACACAGCCAAGAUGUGCAAUGUUGUUAGGAUCUUAUCUUUCAGUGCACGAAAAGCUAUCAACCUCAGAGGUUCUAUGCUAAUUAUACCUGCAAGAAUACCUAAGGCAGCCAAGAAGAAAUGAAGCCCAAAUAAAACUUGAAAAUGCACCUUAAAAUAAAAAAGUGUGUGUGUGCAUGCACUCGUGUGUAUACACACACAUGCAUAAGACUUCAUAUGUUACUUUUGAAAUGUGAUUCUGCUUGAUUUUGAUGGAAUGGCCAUUAAAUACACAUUUUGAAAUAAUA